GUGUGUGUGUGUGUGUGUGUGUGUAUGACGGGUUGAUGUGUCGGUUGAUGCGCCGCGCUGUCUGUGCUGCUGAGCGUCAGGAAACGGCUCAGAGGGGCUUAAAACAUCACAUGCAGCUCCACAGAGGGCCCGUGUGAGAGCUGCUGCUACUGCUGGUGGUGGUGGUGUGACCUCAGGACUGGUCUGUUGAAGCAGCAUCCAUGGAGCAGUUGGAGCCAGAGGAGCAGUUCCUGCACUGUGCCAGGAAUGGAGAUCUGCCUGGGAUUCAGAGGCUGCUCAUGUCCAAGAUCAAGGAAGAGAUGCAGAUUAAUAUCAACUGCAAAGGUAAGAGUAAGUCUAACCUGGGAUGGACUCCUCUUCACUUGGCCUGUUAUUUUGGGCACAAAGACGUAGUGGAGGAACUGCUUAAGGCGGGGGCAGAUGUCAACCUGCCCAACAACAUCGGAGAUACACCGCUGCAUAAAGCUGCCUUUACUGGAAGAAAGGAGGUUGUCAUGCUGCUGCUGCACUAUGAUGCAUGUGCUACUGUCAUCAAUGGGACAGCACAGAUUCCCAAAGAUGUCACUCAAAAUGCAGAGAUCAGAAGCAUGUUAGAAGCGGCUGAGAGAACAGAGGAGAGGAAGUUGGAGGAGCAGCUGUUGGAAGCUGCACGAGAAGGAGACCUUUCAACUCUGUCUCAGCUGCUCAGCAGGAAGAAGCCUCCAGAUAUCAACUGCACAGAUCUGUUGGGUAACACCCCUUUGCACUGUGCAGCCUAUCGAGGCCAGAAGCAAUGUGCCCUGAAGCUACUCAAGAGCGGAGCCAGCCCCAAUAUGAAGAACAAGAACGGCCAGACAGUGUUUGACCUGGCCAGCGAUACAGUAAUGAAGCAGGCGCUGGAAGGCAACCUUCAUCGAGGUAUGACCCGCCAUGUCAAGAAGUACGAAGGAUUACUCUGGAAGAGCUCCAGAUUCUUUGGCUGGCGCUCCUACUGGGUCGUCCUUCAGGAUGGGGUUUUAUCCUGGUACUCAAAACAGUCUGAUGCAGCUGCCAAUGUCAGCAGGCAAGGCUGUAAGUCCCUCACACACGCUCACUGUUUGAUCAGAGCCAAAGAUUACUGCUUUUUUACUCUCAAGUGCUUUGAUGACAGUGUGCAUCACUUCAAAGUAUCACCUAAAAGUGACCCAGAGACAGCGAGACAAACAUGGCUGGAUGCGCUGGAGGAGCACUCAGCCUACAGCACACACUACUGCUCCCAAGAGCAAGGCAGCGAGGAGGAGGAGGAGGAGGAUGUGAUGUCACUAGGGGAGCUAACAGAUUCACUACAGGCAGCAGAGGCCAGCCAGAAGAAACUGGAGAAGGAGGUGGAAGCUUUCCUGUCCAUGCUGAAAAAUGACGGGCUGUCAGAAAGGUUACCAUCCACCAUGCUGCAGAAAAUGCAAGAAAUCUCUGACUUGUCCAGUAAAACCAGUUCCAGUCUCAGCGUCUGUCUCAGCCUUUUGUCCAAACAGGAAGGGGUGCGCAGUGUGAAAUUGGAGCUGGAGGUGGAGAAGAAUAAGAUCCUCUCCGAAGCACUGCAGACUCUAGCCACGGAGCACCACGAACUUGAGCAAUCCGUCGUCAAGGGAUCUUCACCUCGAAGCGCCCUCAGCGAGGAUGAGUUCCACGACGCUGUGUCUGAAUCGGGCUCAGAGCACUCCCUAAGCGGCUUUGAGACGGUGGCCAGCCAUUCCUUUGACGAGGACGACGAAGGCUCUGUCAUGUUAAGCAGCCAUUGCAGCACCCCCAGUAUGUUGCAGGAGGAUCACCAUGGCGACAAGGACGACACUCAACCCAAUGGGAUCACAAAGUAUAGGACCAGCUUACCUGCCCCAAUGUUUUCAAGAAAUGACUUCAGUAUUUGGAGUAUCCUGAGGAACUGCAUUGGGAUGGAACUCUCCAAGAUUACAAUGCCAGUGAUUUUCAACGAGCCGCUUAGCUUCUUGCAGCGUCUCACUGAGUACAUGGAGCAUACGUAUCUCAUCCACCAGGCUAACACCUCCUCAGACUCUAUUGACAGGAUGAAGUGUGUGGCUGCGUUUGCAGUGUCUGCCGUGGCCUCCCAGUGGGAGCGGACAGGUAAACCCUUCAACCCUCUGCUGGGAGAAACCUAUGAACUGGUCAGAGAGGACCUGGGCUUCAGGCUCAUAUCAGAGCAGGUGAGCCACCACCCUCCAGUCAGUGCUUUUCAUGCUGAGGGCCUGGAGAAAGACUUUGUGUUCCAUGGAUCCAUCUACCCCAAACUGAAGUUCUGGGGCAAGAGUGUAGAGGCUGAGCCAAAAGGCAUCAUCACGCUGGAGCUGCCCAAGUACAAUGAAGCAUAUACAUGGACAAAUCCUACAUGUUGUGUUCACAACAUUAUUGUUGGCCAGCUCUGGAUUGAGCAAUAUGGAAAUGUGGAGAUAUACAAUCACAGAACUGGUGAAAAGUGCUGCCUGAAUUUCAAACCAUGUGGCCUUUUCGGCAAAGAACUGCAUAAGGUUGAAGGAUAUAUUCUGGAUAAAAGUAAAAAGAAGCUGUGUGCCCUGUAUGGGAAGUGGACAGAGUGCCUGUAUGUAGUCGAUUUUGCUGCCCUAGAGGCACAUAAAAAACACGACAAGAAACUGGCAGAAGAGAAAAAAGCCAGCAAAGCGAGUUGCAGUGAGGAAGAUGUUCCUUCUCCAGCUGCAGACACUGUGGAGAUGAUUCCUGGCAGCCAGCUGCUGUGGAGAAUUGCACCCAGACCAGCCAACUCUACCCAGAUGUACAGCUUCACGUCAUUUGCAAUGCAGCUAAACGAGCUGCACAAGGAGAUGGAGGGAGUCAUUCCUCAGACAGACUGCAGGCUGAGACCAGACAUACGAGCCAUGGAGAACGGUGACAUCGACAUCGCCAGUGAGGAGAAAAAAAGACUUGAGGAGAAACAGAGAGCUUCUCGCAAAAACCGCUCCAAAUCUGAUGAGGAGUGGAAGACGAGGAGUCCUGCCCUUGGCCCAAGGUGGUUUCAGCAGGGGCCAAACCCCCACAACAGCUCCCAGGACUGGCUCUUUUCUGGUGGAUACUGGAAUAGGAAUUACAGCCAGCUGCCAGACAUUUACUAAUGGACAUUUCUGGCUCAGAAGAAUUUCUAACAGAGAAACAAGUUUCUCUGUCAGAGAAGCUGCGUUUAAUGUUUUUUUUAUGGAACAGUUACAGAAUCUACGAGCAAUAUGCAAGCUUAAACUGUGUGGCCUUAAUCUCCUUCAUGAUGGUCAAACUGUGCAUAAAAAUGUCAAUGAUCAAUAUUUAAGAGUUAUGAAGUUGUUUGACAAUGCUUUGAAAUGUACCAUUUGUAUUCACAUUGACAUCAGAUUGUUUCUCUUCAUGUUACUUUUAAGCACAGUGGAGAGAUGCAUAAAGGUCCAUCUGUCUUGUUUUAAAUGUUCAUAAUAGUGUUUGGACUCCAAAUGUAUAUCUGUACAUAUACCUCAUCAUGUCGUUCACAUUUCUUCUAAACUGCUCGUGUGGAACAAGUUAAACUCACAGCUACUAACAGUCAGUUAAUAUGAGGUUGAUGUGGAUGUCAGUCAUUUCUUCUGAUGUAUUUUACCUUGUAAGAAAAGUAAGGCUUACAAAACACACUUACAGAAACAUACAGUAUAUUUUCUAUAUUAACAUUGCACAUACUAAUUACUUUAAGAAUUUACAAGCUAUAGUUUUGAUUGUUUUUAUCAUCUUCUGAAUUAUGUGUCUAUUGAGCUCUGUAAAAAGGUUUGAUAAUACCUUUGCUGCAAAUCUUAAAAAAACAAAACUGUGGAUCAUACCUGUCAGACAGACUAACCAAGUUAAAUGGGAGACAUAAGGUCACAUGAUGUAGAAAUGAUUGAAUUUUAAGAUUUUUUGCUUUCAUAUAAAGCAUUGGAAGUAUUUUAUUGGAAACCUAAAUAAAACACUUCCAUGUACUCAUGUAUGUUUUUACCAUUGCU